GAAGGUACCGUAGGAAAAAGCUACAGUAGUAUCGUCGCGUCAGAUGAUUAGCUAAUAGUAAAAACACUGUAAAACGACUGGCAGUUCGCCUCUCUUUUCAGCAUUACGAACCGGUGGAAGUUGUCAGUAAUGUAUUUUGGUCCGUUAUUCACACUUUGAAGCCUCUCUCGCAGCGCUGAUAAUGCUGAAAAUGAAGCUACCGAUGAAAACGGGCGAGGAAGGAGGCGACGAAACGGCCGAGGACGACUCAUUGGAUCAGCCGGAGCACCAACAUAUUCCCAGGGCGGCACCUCCUUCCUCGGUGUCCGACGGACUGGAUGAGUCGCCCAGACCCGGUGUGUGUCCAUCCCAGCUAAACAAGGAGACUGUCUUCGAGUGGUUUGGCCUACAUCUAAACCCCGCUAAGCGGAUCGAGUUCAUGUGCGGACUGCUACAUAUGUGCCAAGCACUGGAGCUCCGCUUUUUGGGAUCUUACUUGGAGGAUCUUACAAGGAAAGAUUACCAUGUUUUAAGAGACUUCGAGUUCCGGGCGAAUAGUCCGAGCGAAUUGGGGCUUUUAACGGACGUGAUUGAUCCGGUUGUGAGGUCUAAACUCCUGGUCUGCCUGUCCCUCCUCGGGUCUGACAGCAGGGAAUGUGCUGGAAUACUAUUUCGGAUACUGAGCCAUGUAGACCCGGCCAUGUUCUACAAAAACUAUGACUACUCCCUUCAUCCAUUCAGGGACCCUCACCACCACUCGUUUCACCCGCCGUGUCAGGACGGGAGUGUGUACGGGCGGUCGGAGCAGACCUGCGGCUCGUCGGCUAACGAGCCAGCGGCAGGACCUCUGGAGCAGUUGGCGCUGCUCUUUACCAUGGCGUCUCUCCAUCCAGCUCUCCAUUUCCACCAGCGGGAGAUGGUCCGAGGGCAGCUUGACAAAAUAGAGCUUGCCAUGGAGGAGGAGAGACGUCAGAAUCAGCUCAGAAUAAACGCCCAGAUAACGGAGCUGACGGGUCAGAAGGCAGAUUACCUGCUUUCCCCGCCGCUGGGUUUGGGGGAGUGUACGGCCCCCCAUCCUCCAUGUCAGAGCCGCCGCUCCAGCCGCUGGGCAACACAAAGAGAAGCAGUGCAUAUAGAGGGCAUCGUGCUCAGGGGCAUCUCUCGGACCAGAAUAGACAAGGAAUACAACUUUGAGGUGAAGUGGUCAGACUCCUCCUCAAGUUGUGUGACCAAAACCCAUCUGGAACUGGAGAAUUUUCUUCUUAAGCUUCCUAAGGAUCAGUGCACUGAGUCCUUUGAGAAGAGCAUCCUGAGGCUUCUGAACCAGGGGGACCGGAACGAGAGCAGGGAGGUGGAGAAGAACCUCAGGGAAAGGUUCCUGUCUGCUCCUCCUGUCUUCAGACAGACCAGGAAGGUCUGCAGCUUCUUCAAUUGUGACUCCAGUUACUCUACAAAACCUACAUGCUGCAGAUGCAACUGCCAGCUGGGUAAGGCCUACCAAGGAGACUGCUCUGAUGCCUCCAGUCAGGAGGAAGAUUUAGAGUCGUAUGCUCAGGGACACAAGAAAAAGCACGGGACCAAGAGUCCAUGUCAAGGCAGUCUCUCUAGUGCCAAGGGCUCCCAGGGGGACAGUCGGAGAGGGGGCCACGCUGCAGAGCUCAACGGUCCAGUAGAGAGGAGGAAGAGCUGUACACUGAGGAGCAGCCAGGAGGCUGAACAGCAUCAGGCCGCUGAGAAGAGAAGCCACGCAGUCGCUAAGACGAAGAGCAGAGGCCUGCCAGCAGACAGGGACAAGGGAAAGGUGAAGGGUGCCACCUUUGUAGCCAACGGCAGGUUGGUACCAGCUCUGUCACCUCAGAGGAAAGAUGGAGGUUCUGGUCCAGAUACGUUUGGUGAAACAUCAUCAGAAAGCUACAGCUCUCCAUCCAGCCCUCAGCACCGAGGACCAGAGAGCCUGGACAGUGAGGACGACAACAACAAAGAUACCGACAGCCACUCUGAUGACUCCAGCAAAGGUCCGGGCCCUGGCAUGUUCUUUGCCCAUCAGACUGAUCCAACUGCAGCAGGAGCCAUUCCCUCUGUUCACCCCCUGUCUUCCAGCAACCACCAGGCCCAGAUGGAGCCGCUCUGCCCAGAGACCAGCACAGAUUUCCCCCCUCUCUCCUUCAUGCGCUCUCUACCCUAUGUGCUCCCGAACGGGACUGCUGACUCUCCACUUCCACUGGUCCCUCAUCCCGGCCAAAGCAUCGUCCCCGAUGGGAAGCCCUCGUCUGGAACCCUGAUGAUGCAGAUGCCCCUAGUGCCUCCAGGACCUGGAAUUGUGGGAGACCCGGAGAAGAGGGACAUACUUCCGACCUUUGGGAUAGCACCUAUUGGCCUCCACCCUUCAGGAAGUCCUGCUGUGCAGCCUCUGGUUCAGAGGUUCAAAACACCAAUGUCUCACAGCCAAGGUGGCACUGACGGAGCUUCAGGGAGUGGUUCUGCUCCUGCUGCCCCGCAGGCUUCACACCAGGCUCCUGUGAGAGCCAUCAGUAUCAUGUCUCCUGGCCCCACAUCCUACUCCUCUCCUCUUCAGCAGUCUCUGCCCUGCCAAGAUCCGGCCAGCGUCACCUCGGGCCUGGCCUCCUCUCUGCCACAUGUGGACACUUCACACGCCAAGCACCCCGGCUUAACCUUACCAUCUGGCCUGCCUUCUCCCUACACCCUGACCCCGGUCCCCACCUCUGUCAUGCCUACUGUAGGAGCACCUGCGGCCAGUGGAAUAGCUCCAUCUCCUGGACAUGUACAAGCAGCUGUUCCUCCAGCUGUGCCCACCCACACCCCUGGACCCGCUCCCAGCCCCAGCCCAGCACUUACUCACAGCACCGCACACAGCGACUGUACAUCCUACAGCAACAGCAGCGCUUCCUGUGGAAGUGCUCCUGUUGCCCCGGGCAACCUUGUCAAUCCUCAGCAAACCCAGUCGCAACAGUUGCCCCCCCAGCAGCCAACACCACCACAACAGCCACCACCGCCGCCACCACCGCAGCAGCAGCAGCAGAUGGGCUGUGGGACCUGUGGCUGUCACAACAACUGCGGUGGCCGAGGCAGCGUCAGUAACAACAACAGCGUCAGUGUCCCCGGCUGCCAGGCACCUUUAUUCUUCUCCCACCAGAUGGCAGCAGCAGCGCGGCAGGUGUUCAGCGUCCAACCGCCUCUCUUCCAGCUCACAAGCCUGUGCAGUAACAGUUACCUCACCCAGGCCCAGCCUCCUCACCAGGCCAACGGCGCUGCCACCCUGCCCCCCUUCUUCCCCAGCGCUCCACCCCCCGCACACCCGUCCCCCUACGGCCCCCUCCACACUCACUCUCACAGUCACGCAGACGUGCCAUCACAUAUGCUGGGCACCCAGGCGGCAGCAGUGGCGGCCGCUGCAGCUGCAAACUACAACCUCCAGCAGCAGAUGGCGCCGGCGGCGUCGUUCUGCCACCGUGUCUACCAGCAUGUGUACCCAAAUCACCUGGGGAUGCUGCCUGCUGCUGCACUGGGGGGAGGUGGAGUCAAUAAGAAGAGUGGCAAUGUGUCCUGUUAUAACUGUGGUGUGAGUGGCCACUACGCUCAGGACUGCAACCAACCCACCAUAGACUCCACACAGCAAGGUGGCUUCCGGUUAAAGUACGCAGCCUCCCACAUUUCAGAAGCACUUGACAAUGCCGACUGAAGAAGAAGAAGAAGAGAGGAUGAAGAGGAGUUCCUCCGGUCUUGUUUCCACAGCGACGGUCAUCUGUUCUUCCAGGCGCUGUGUGCGAGCAGUGCACUUCAGGAAAAAAGAAAAGAAAAAAUCUCAAAAAGAAAGUGACCUGCCAAGGGCUCAGUGGACAAAGCCUAAGUACUUGUGCCUGAGAAAAUCUUGUUCCCAUGGAGAUGAUUCACUGUCUCGUGCACACCGACGGUCCACGUGACUCCCGCUCCCUUCCCUUUUAGUUUGUCUUUGAUAUUUUUGCACUGAGGGGUUGGAAACGAUUAACUUAUUACUUAAUUAUUAGGAAGAGAUUUUGAGGAUUUUGUUUUUACAUGACGGUGGAGACUCGUCUCAGCUGAAAAAAAAAAAAAGUUCUUAUACACUUCUUUCUAAAACAGCGUAUUUAUGCUUUUUUCCUCAUUAUUACUGUUCACCUAGGAUUUUACUGUCGGACAGAGUUGUACAGCAGUUUUCAACGUUUAAAUCAGAAAUCAAAAAAGUAAUGUUAGCAAAAUGAGUUUUAUGUUUUUCAUUUUCAGUUUUGCUGUAAGGUUUUUGAAUGUACACCUUCUCAUUUAAGGAAUGUGACUGUAUCAAAGUGUAUGGAUCUCAUGCAUUUUUACCACUUGAUAUAUGUUGUGGUUGGAAGGUAAUUGCUGCUUUGUAAUGUUAUUAUUAUUUUCAUUUUUAAGAUAGUUUUACUUGGUGAAAUGCACUAAAGCGACGCAGGAACACAAGUGCACUAAAACAGUUUGCACCACAGCCGAGCAGGUGUGAGGAUUUAUUCAUUUUGUACUCUACAAAUUAAGACAGCAAAACUAAUUGGCUGAUACAGCGUUCACUGUUUUAGUGUGCUUUAGUAUUUCAGGUGUGAAGCAGCUUUUUCUGUUAACACCACAGAGAGGGAGAGAUCUCUGUGUUUUAAAACUACAGAUAGAAAUACAGCAGAAGAGAAACUCAUUCUUGUCUCAUCUCAGUCAGCGAGACAUCCACUACCUGUACAGUUUGGUAUCUCUGGGUUCUGUCUCCAGGAGCCUCUAGAGAGGAUUUAGACAGUUUAGUACCAAAAUGUCAGCUGUUGCUUUCGUCAGUGUUUAGCGCACAACUCUGCAGAGCGUGGAGCCAGCAUCAAACUAGUGUGGAUUCAUUUAUGAAGGAUAGACAAACAGAAGCAGACAGCACACCUCGAGUUAUACCAACUCAGUCAUCAAGACAUUUCCAUAGAGAAACACUACUCUCCUACCCUGUUGGUAUAUUAAAGGAACGCUUCAGCUGCAAAAUUAAAAUCUGUACAUUCAUAACUUACUGCGUUUUAUGUUGAAUUCAUGAAGAAAAGAUUGUUUUUUUCCACAUGCCUCCACCGUGAACGGAGAGUCCUAAAAAAUGAGAACAUUCUUUAUGAACUGAAGUCAAUGGGGUCCAUGUUUAUCAACAGCAAAACUAUUUUAAACAUUGUUUACAAAGUCUCACACGACUCGAGCAGUAUGAUCUUAAGUCUUGUUUAUCCUGUCGUGUGCUCAGUGCUUCCCAAACACAUGUAUUUUAACUAAAACGUUAGCCACUCAAGUGUUUUAUAUUGGAAUGUGUUAACGUUUAGGAAGUACUGAGCAUACAACAGGAUAAAUGAGAUUUGGAUUAUACUUCACGAGUUGUGUAAGUGUUUGUAAACUACUAUUUGAGAUAGGUUAGCUAUUGUUAAACAUCGUCCACAAAGGAUGUUAGCCUUCUUUUUUUUUUUUUUUGGAUUCUUUUGCAUUCUCGUAUGCUCAGUACUUCCCAGACACAGGUAUUUUAGCUAAAACGUUACCUGCUUUAAGCUCGUUAAUGCUCAGCGUGCGCUACUUGUAGGGGGAGGUGUUUUAUAUUGGAAUGUUUUAGCCAAAAUGUGUGUGUUUAGGAAGUACCGAGCACAUGACAGGAUAAAUGAGAUUUGGAUUCUACUACACAAGUUAUGUAAACUGAUGUUUCGAUAGAACGUCGUCCCCAUUUGCAUCAGUUCAAGAAGAAUGUUAGCCUUUUUGGAUUCUCCGUUCACCGCGGAAGCCUGAGAGAAAAACGUUUUCUUCAUGAUAUUCAACGUGAAACAAAGUUUGUAAUGAAUAUACAGAUGGUCAUUUUGUGGUUCAAGUAUUCUUUAACUACAAAGUAAAGUGUGUUUUAUAUUUGUACGUUGGAUCACAUCUUUAAGAGCCUGUGUAAGAGCCCACGCUAAAAGACAGCCGUGGGCAAUAACUGACUGUUUCUGUACUUGUUAAUUUAAUGAAUAAAUCUAGUAUGGAUUUUCUUUAGUUUUGUUUUGUCACCAGACUGUUGAUAACUGACCUUAGAUGUCUGACGAACCUGAUGUCAUGUGACUACGUCUUCUGAACUGAGAUCCCUCUAUGUGGAUAAAAACACUUGAACACUUACAAAACAGCAAUUGACAAAACCAUCUAUACUGUAAUGCCUACAUAUGAUUUGAAGCUUUGAGCUCAUCAGUGCUUUAUAGAGGUUUUAAAAGGUAUUUUGGGAAACAUUUGAAAUGAUGAAAGGAGGCGGUGUUUGAGAAUGUGGAGUCCCGAUGUGUACAGUGUUAAGGAAUAAAUGAAACUGUUGGUAAAAUAAUUUGAAAC